CUUUCAGAAUAAAGUAAGCAGUCGCUUCUUGUGACAAGUGACAACCAUAAAUUUGUUUAUAUAUUUUUCAUGUCCUGAUUUGCACUACAAAUCAAAUAAGCAUUUGAUCCGAAACAUUAUCAGGUAAACAAGAGGAAAUGAUGGGAGGCACAGAAGGUGGUGAGGUAACUUGUGACAUUGUCAUAGUUGGUGCUGGAAUAUGUGGUCUUGCCACGGCUCUUGCCUUGCACAGAAAAGGAAUGAAAUGCAUAGUUUUGGAAAGAUCAGAGGUGUUGAGAUACGAAGGGGGAGCCAUUGGUAUUAUGACGAAUGGAUGGCUCGCUUUGGAUCAACUUGGUGUUGCCUCCAUCCUUAGAGAAGCUGCUUAUCCGCUACUAGGGAGAAAAAUCAUAUGGCUUGACAGCAAUAGGCAGCAAGAUACGCCAUUCAUGAAUGGUAGUGAAGAAGUUCGUCGCUUGAAGAGGAGUGAUCUUAUCAACACCCUUUACAAUGCUUUACCACCUGAUGUAGUAAAGUUUGGACAUCAAACUGUCUCAGUGAAACUGGAUCCUCAAACUAAUUACCCAGUUCUUCAGCUUCAGGAUGGAAAAUCUAUAUCAGCCAAGAUUUUGCUUGGGUGUGAUGGAGCCAAUUCAGUGGUCGCAGAUUUCCUUCAGCUCAAGACAACAAAAGUACUUGCGCGUUGUGUGACAAGAGGGUUAACCAACUAUCCAAAUGGUCAUGAACUUACUCCCGAGUUUGUCCUCACAAUAAGAAACAACACUUCAGUGGGUCGAAUUCCUGUUGAUAGUAAGCUCGUUUACUGGUUUGUUUCUCACCCUUGGGUACAAACAGAUAAAAAUGUGUCUCAGGACAAUGAACUCAUAAGGCAACACACUCUGCAAGUAGUUAGAACUUUCCCAAAAGAAACUCUCAAAAUGAUAGAGGACUAUGACCCCGACUCACUAUCUUUGACACGUAUGACAUAUCGCGCACCCUGGGAUCUCCUAGUGGAGAAUUUCCGCAAAGGAACAGUAACUGUAGCUGGAGAUGCAAUGCAUGUCAUGGUUCCAUUCCUCGGCCAAGGUGGUUCAGCAGCUUUAGAAGAUGCCGUUGUACUUGCUAGAAACUUAUCCAAGAAAUUUCUGAGCACCGCGACUGAUCCAAGAAGCAUCGAAGAAGCACUUGAUCAAUAUAUUAAGGAACGGAGGAUGAGGAUAUUUGAGUUGUCUGCACAAAGCUACAUUACUGGUAUGCUGGAUAUUGAAUCCACCCCUCUGCUAUUAAGGUUUGUUUUUAAUGUCCUCAGGGCUAUUCUGUUCCGUGAUGCUAAACGUCAUAGUAGAUAUGAUUGUGGAACCCUUUGAAUCUUUGAUCACUUGAUGUUAAACUUGAGAGUUGGCAUAAUUAGCAGUGGUGAGUAAGUGAACUUCAUGCUUCAUGAGGAUGACAGCCGAAAUUUGUAUAAUUGCAAGACUGCAGGAGUUUAUAUAUUUAUGUUUUCAUUAAUUA